AUGUUCCGCAACAGAAACAACUCCCAGAAGCCAAACACCGAACUCAUUCAGAAAUUCCAAAGAAUGUUCUCUGAUGUGAUCCCCGGGGCCGCACAAUCGCAACGACGAAAUGGCUCCAUCGGAGAGGCAGCGAGGCCUUUGCCCGAAAAUGACAUGAAAACAAUCGAUACGCAAGAACUUCCUCGCGUGAACCCGUUCUCUCCUCUCGUCGAUCCGAAUGCCCUUUCUAUGUUGUCUUUUGCCCACCAACCGAACGGCAUCUUGACUCCCAACCUUGGCGGCUUCAAUCCCGCGUUCCAUAGUCAACAUGCCGGCGAUUUGCAUACUCCCACCAUGGGAUUGGAUAUGAUCAAUUCGCUCUCGCAGCUAGGCCCCAUGGAUCAAGACGCGACAGGCAUGGGUCUCAACCAAUAUGGUCAAUCUCUCUUCUCAAACACGAAUCCAUUCCAAAACCAGCAGCCCUUCGCCCAGCAACCGGCAUUUGCCCCGCCAAGUGUACUCGUACAUCGCGAUUCGGGAUACGACGCUGCCAUGGAUGAAUCCAUCGAGAACUCCUCGCUCAAUGACUUUGAUAUGCAGGCCGAUCCAUCAGUGAAAUCAACGCAGAUGUCAGAGCAACCCAACAUGCUUGCAGAUCAGAAAUUCCGGUACAAUGUGUCGUUGCGCGCUCCGACUGCCAUGAUCAAAAGCCCGGGGGAUAUCCCGAUCACAUAUCUGAACAAAGGCCAAGCGUAUGCGCUUUCCAUAGUCGAUUCAAAACCGCCUGCCAUGAGCACGAAGCUGGUCCAAUACAGAACGUUCGUCCGAGUGUCGUUCCAAGAGGAGGAGCAACGGGCAAAACCGGCUGCAUGCUGGCAAUUAUGGAAGGAGGGCAGAGGUUUGAGCGAGGCGCAUCAGCGCGGCGGCAAGCUUCAAGCUGUCGAGUACGUCGAUCCGUUCCAGGGUGGAGACGAGGACCGGAAGGGUCGCCAGGUUCAAAUCGAGAACACUUCAUUCGAUGGUUUCUGCGUCACAUGGACCGCGAACCCCGCCACAGGGACAUCGGAUUGUACCAUUCCCGUCCGGUUCAACUUCCUCUCCACGGAUUUCAGUCAUUCAAAGGGUGUCAAGGGCAUUCCUGUUCGGCUGUGCGCGAAGACACAAUUGGUAUCUGACGAUGGAGCCGGUUCGGAGCACGAAGUGAGCUACUGCCAAGUUAAGCUUUUCCGUGAUCACGGUGCCGAACGCAAGCUGUCGAACGAUGUGGCCCAUGUGAAGAAGACAAUCGAAAAGCUCCGCCAGCAGAUUACCCAAGCAGAGAUGGGCGCCGGCAACAAUGGGAAACGGAAGCGCACCAACGCCUCUGUCGCUAUCAAUGGCGGAGAUUUUCGCCCUCCAAAAAUCACGAAACACAGACGAACAUGGUCGAUGGAUUCGCGGGACGGUACAGAGAGGGUAUCAUUGGAGGACGAUUUGCAUGCCAAGCUGGCGGCGAUGCAGGAGAUGUUCACCUCUACCCGCCCUGUCAGCAACCUUAAUCUGCAAGGAGAGGAACAGGACGACCCGGAUCUGUUCCCGGUCCAACUUCCAGGUGGCACUCCUCUUUCCGGCAAGAAGUCGGAACUCACCCUUCGGGGAACCCGGUCGAGUAUCGAUGGAGUGCUAUCGCCCGCGGCGAGUAACCUAUCACACUCUCCACGCAACGCUUGGAACCCAAUUCCUGGACAGUUCCAGUAUGAUUCGGGAUACCAAGGCUCGAUGGGUAGCUCCCGGGGUAGCUCUAUCCCUACCUCUGAGAUUUCGUUGUCCCGACCUGUCAAGGUUCAAAGGAUCUCGGCAGAUCCUAAUGUUUCGACUGGUUACAUUGAAGCAGUGGACAUCGACCCAACCUACCGACCGCCAGCAGAGCAUCCACCCAAACCAAUUGCAUGUUUCUAUCUGCGUUUCCCACGCAAUGAAACACAGAAGGACGACUUUUAUCGUGCUGUGUAUCUGAGCGAGCGGACAGUCAGUGAUCUGAUGGAGAAAAUCUCGCACAAGCAGCUUCUUGAUCCGAGUCGCGUUGUGCGCGUCCUCCAUGUUAAAGAAAACGGCCUGAAGAUCAUGGUGGAUGACGACGUCGUCCGUGAACUCCCGGAUGGUCAAGAUAUGGAUGUCGAAAUUUCCGAGACUUCCGACGCAUUAGAAGGCAGUGAACAGCCCCCGGUCGAGUUGAAGCUGAGCUAUUAA